AUGGAAAGCCCCAGCAACGACAAACCUAUUCCUGGCCUGCACGAGCUGCCACCGGCAGUCAUGGACAGAGGCAAGGCCAAGGCGGACCCUGCCAACCCCCACGCCGUGGCUGUUGCCACCGAGCCGGACCUACAGGACGACAGCGAGUCCGAGUCAGGUUCAGAGUCUAUCGAGAUCGCGGACCUCAAGAAGCGCAUGUGGAAGGACCAGUUGCUUCUCAUGAAGCUCGAGGGCACCCCGGGGCACGAACGAAGAGCAACCGGGCAGAGGCCGGACACGGACCUGGCCCAAGCAGAGAAGGAGGCAGAGAUGCCGGAGUCACGGUACCGCCGCAAGGCGAUGCUCCGGGCGCAGGACGGCGUCCUCCGGCACAUGCUCAGGAUGAUGGAGGCGUGCAACGCGCGGGGGUUCGUGUACGGCAUCGUGGACGAGACCGGCAUGCCCGUGUCCGGCUCCUCCGACAGCCUCCGCGGCUGGUGGAAGGAGGACGUUGGGUUCGAGCGGACCGGGCCGACGGCCCUGGCCGGCCCGUCGACGGCCCUCGAGAGCCCGGGAUCAUCGUUCCUCCACGGGCUCCUCGACAUCCAGGACAGCACGCUGGGGUCCCUGCUCUCAGCGCUGAUCCAGCACUGCGAGCCCCCGCAGCGGAGCUUCCCGCUGGACAGGGGACUGCCGCCGCCGUGGUGGCCGACGGGCCAGGAGUUCUGGUGGGGCCUGCAGGGCGAGACCCAGGCACAUCAGGGCCCGCCGCCAUACCGGAAGCCUCACGACCUGAAGAAGGCGUGGAAGAUCUCACUGCUGAGCGCGGUGAUCAAGCACCUGAGCUCGCGUUUCGACCAGAUGCGCAAGCUCGUGUGGCAAUCCAAGCGGCUGCAGCAUAGGAUGAGCGCCAAGGACGCCGAGACCUGGUCCAGGGUCAUCACCCAGGAGGAGGCGCUCGACCGCCAGGUGCAGCGCGCCCUGCGGAUCACGCCGCUCGAGGAGGAAGACGACGACAAGGAGCCGCAGGAAGCGGAACACGGCCUGCACGUCGACAAGCGCAAGCGAGGGGUCGGCAACGAGAGUGCGGGAGGUAAUGACGACAGUGGUAGUGGCCGGGAGCUGGUUGCGCUGCCGGUCAUUGACGGCGUCGCGGAGGCGGACCGCAACUCCAUCGACGAGCUCAUGAAGAUGUACUACAGCUGUCUGCAGGGAACAGACGGUGGUGAGCAGGAGAUCAAGGACGUGGCGGCUGGAGGCGGGGAGCAGAGCAAUACCUCUUCUGCUGAGACCGGCGUAUUGGACGCGGCGACGGUGCGCGAUGACAUGUUCGACGAUUUCUUGAGCGUUGCCGAUGUGGUCGACAUGAGUGACUGCCCGGGCAGUCCGAUAUGGCACUGGGGGAGUUCGGAUUUGGAUUAG